AGUUACCCAAUGAAGAAACGGCAAAGCGUGGCUGAUACGUGCGGUCGAGCAGCAUUUGCUUCGAACUGCACAAAACUUGUAUGGAAAUUCUUCAAAGAGAAGCCAGACCUUAGAAAAAUCAAGGAGCAAUCCACGCCUUGCUGCGAAAAUGCUCGUCUUGUUUGAGACCGCUGCUGGCUAUGCCAUUUUUAAAGUUCUUGAUGAAUCCAAACUCCAGCAGGUCGACAGUUUGUACAAGGAGUUUGAGACUCCUGAAAAAGCAAAUAAAAUCGUUAAACUAAAACACUUCGAGAAGUUUCAGGACACCACGGAGGCCUUGGCAGCUGCCACUGCACUAGUUGAGGGUAAAGUGAGUAAAACUUUGAAGAAAGUGCUGAAGAAGAUGGUUGCAAAGGAUGCCCAUGAACAGCUGGCCAUCAGUGACGCCAAACUUGGUGGCGUCAUCAAAGAAAAGCUGGAACUUAGUUGCAUCCACAGCCCCGCUGUUGCAGAACUUAUGAGGUGCAUCAGGAGCCAGAUGGAGGGCCUAAUCUCAGGACUUCCUCCCCGAGAGAUGAGCGCCAUGUCCCUCGGCUUGGCUCACAGUCUGUCCCGCUACAAGCUCAAGUUCAGCCCUGACAAGGUGGACACCAUGAUCGUGCAGGCCAUAUCUCUGCUGGAUGACCUGGAUAAGGAAUUGAACAAUUACAUCAUGCGCUGCAGAGAGUGGUACGGCUGGCACUUCCCUGAGCUUGGCAAGGUCAUCACUGACAACUUGGCCUACUGUAAGACAGUCUCCAAAAUUGGCGACCGCACCAACGUAGCCGGCAGCGACCUAUCGGACCUGAUCCCAGAGGAAAUAGAGACGGAGGUGAAGCUGGCAGCCGAGAUCUCCAUGGGGACUGAAGUGUCCGAGCAAGACAUCAAUAAUAUCCGCCACCUUUGCGAGCAGGUGAUAGAAAUAUCUGAUUACCGCGCUCAGCUAUACGACUACCUGAAGAACCGGAUGAUGGCGAUCGCCCCCAAUCUGACGGUGAUGGUGGGCGAGCUGGUUGGCGCUCGUCUCAUCUCGCAUGCCGGUUCGCUAUUGAAUCUGGCAAAGCACCCAGCCUCCACAGUUCAAAUCCUGGGGGCAGAAAAGGCACUGUUCCGAGCGCUUAAGACCCGCAAAGACACGCCCAAGUACGGUCUCCUUUACCAUGCCUCUCUUGUGGGCCAGACCAGUGCCAAGAACAAGGGCAAGAUCUCCAGAAUGUUAGCAGCCAAAACAUCCCUUGCCGUCCGCUAUGAUGCCCUCGGGGAGGACACAAAUGCAGAAAUGAGUGUGGCAAACCGAGCCAAAGUGGAGGCCAGGUUACGGUACUUAGAGGAGAGAGGGAUUCAACGAAUCAGUGGAACGGGAAGAGUUAAACCCCAGGCCGACAAAUAUAUGCACAAGAGUGAAGUGAGAUUAUACGACCCAUCUGGGGAUUCUUUAAUCCCCUCCACUUCAAAGAAGAGGAAACUUGAAGAGAUGGAGAAGGAGGAAAAGGACCCUGAGGUGAAAGUCAAAAAGCCCAAAAAGGAACGCCAAGCAGCAACAGAGGAAGAAGGUGAAACGUCCACAGCUGCCACCGAAGACACCCCCAAGAAAAAGAAAAAAAAGAAGAAAGAUAGUGCUGAAGAGCCACAAGUGGAGGAAGAGAGUGCUGAGGUGACGGAGCCACCAAAGAAGAAAAAGAAGAAAAAGAUCAAGAACGAGAAGGAAGAUUGAAAAGAACAGUGUAUAUUUGAGUGUUUUUCUUUCCAUCAUGUUUUUUAAACUGGAUUAAAGCGGUCUUUAGUCCCUGUAUAUCAUUGUAACGCCGUCUCAUUUAUGAAAUGAUUUGUCUCACAGAACUUUGUCUAGACUGAAAAAGUAAAAUGUGAUUAAUUUCAAUAGUAUCAAUUUAAGAUUUCUUUAUAGUAUUUGAACAUCUGUAUCAAAUACAAAUUCAAAACUAAACCAAGUGGAAGACUGCAAUCACAAUAAAUGCAUUGCAGUAAGA